AUGCCAUGGCAUGACGAAGCUUUAGUUGUCUCUGGAGAAGCGGCACGUGAUUGUGCCAGACAUUUCAUUCAACGAUGGAAUGUUCACAAAGCGGAUAAAUAUCGUUUUGUUGAAUCUUAUCCAUAUCUUGUUCCAAAAAGUUAUUCGGAUGAAGAAUUAUUUGAUCAUUCGGUGCUUAAUUCAAUUCUUGGAGAAGAUCGUCCAGCAAUUUGUGUUGAUGCUCAAUGUGUUCGUUCAGUUUCAUUUUGGUCAUGUGGAACACAAACAAUUGAACAUUCAAUUCAAAAUGCUUAUAUUCGUAUGAUUGAUAAUGCUCAACAUUUUAUUUAUAUUGAAAAUCAAUUUUUUAUCUCAAUUGCUCAAGAUUCAACAAUUAAAAAUGGAAUUGGUGAUGCACUUUAUCGUCGAAUUGUUCGUGCAUGUAUCGAUAAAGAGAAAUUUCGAGUUUAUGUUAUCAUCCCUCUAUUACCUGGAUUUUCUAAUGUCAAUGCAGUUCAAGCUGUUCUCUAUUUUAUUAUGAGAUCGAUUAAUAAAGGUGAAACAUCACUUUUCGAACGAUUAAAACAAAGUGGAGUUACUGAUCCUGAAGAAUAUAUUUCAUUUUAUGGAAUGAGAAAUUGGGAUAUUCUCAUGGGUUCAUUAGUAACAGAAAUAAUUUAUGUUCAUUCAAAAUUGAUGAUCGUUGAUGAUCGAAUGUGUAUUUGUGGAUCAGCAAAUAUCAAUGAUCGAUCUCUUCAAGGUUCUCGUGAUUCGGAAUUUUGUUUAGUUGUUAAUGAUAUCGAAAUGAUUGAUUCAACUUUAAAUGGUCAAACACAAAAAGUCGGAAAAUUCUGUUCAACAUGGAGAAAGAAAUUAUUCAGACAAAUUUUAGGAAUUACAAAUGAAAAUGAUUUGAAUGUGGAUGAUCCAUGUUCAGAUGAAUUUUAUAAUUAUUUUCGUGAAACUGCACGAAAUAAUGCUCAAAUUUAUGAAGAAGUAUUCAAUACUUUACCAACAAAUCAUAUUCGA